AUGAACUUACUCACAACUAUUAUUAUUAUUACCCUAGGACUUUCCUUAGUCCUAAUUAUUGUAUCCUUUUGACUCCCUCAGAUAAACCCGGACUAUGAGAAACUUUCCCCUUAUGAAUGCGGGUUCGACCCCCUGGGCUCCGCCCGCCUACCUUUCUCCCUCCGAUUUUUCCUAGUAGCUAUCCUUUUUCUUCUUUUUGAUCUAGAAAUUGCCCUUUUGCUUCCUCUCCCCUGAGGAGAUCAACUUGCGACCCCUUUGCUAACAUUCUUAUGAGCCUCAGCCGUCCUGGCCCUUUUAACCCUGGGUCUUGUCUACGAGUGACUACAAGGCGGCCUAGAGUGAGCCGAAU